GUUUCCUGGAGUGAUUGCGCCCAACUUGGCGGAAUGGAUGAAACACUUAAUAAGAUGAUUGAAGCAGAGCCAAAUGCCAUAAUGAGCCAAGUGUUAUCAUUGGGCUUGGAAGCGAUGGGAACAGGACGAUCGAUAAGAUUAGAUGAUAAUUAUCAGAACGAUUUAAAACAACUCCUAAAAGAUGCAUCUAUGCAUGGCACUACAUAUGAGAAGAAUCAUGCAAAUGCUAUUUACAUGUUUGCUAAUGAUAAAAUGAUAGCAGCAUGUGAAGAAUGGGAAAAAAUUUUAAAUGAAAUACCAAAUGAUUUAUUAGCAUUAAAAUUUGCGCAUGAUGCGUAUUUUUAUUUGGGUGAUAAGCAAUCAAUCCGUGAUAGUAUUGCCCGAGUAUUCCCGAAAUGGAAAUCAACAAUACCAUGCUACAGCUAUCUUCAUGGUAUGUAUGCAUUUGGCUUAGAAGAAUGUGAACAAUAUGAUGAAGCGGAAAAAUAUGCUAAAAAGGUUUAA